AUGUCCUACUGCUGCGUCCCCAAGUGCAAUUCCAACAAAAAGAAGGACUCUUGCAAACUGAAAACAUUUCACCGCUUCCCUGUCAAUUCCGCAAUUCGUCAAGAAUGGGUUGUUAAAAUAAGGAGAGAUAUUGGGCCGCAUUUUAAGAUCGCAAAUAACACGAGAGUGUGUUCCGAUCACUUCCCCGAAGAGUCCUUCACAAAGACGCUAUGUGGCAUCAGGAAACUGAAGGAGGGGGUUGUACCAACAGUUUUUACAUGGUCCUCGAUCAAGCCUGGCAGGCGGAAGAUUGUUAGAACAGCAAGUCAUGUUGCCACUGCCACAGGUGGAGAGGAUGCACUGGGUGAAGAAUCAGAUGAGUCAAGUCACUCAGUGGGACAAGACCCCCAAGAGGACAUUGCCUGCACAUCAAGCGAAGUAGAGACAAGCUUGCCAUACGCAGAUCAUGACUAUACUCAGCGGCCCCUGUCCUUAGAGGAGCAGCUUCAAGAGGCCUGCAAGACCAUCGCUCUCCAGGAAGAAGAAAUAUCGACACUUCGUAGCAACCAGUUCCUCCUCAAACGCUUUCAGUGUGAUGACAAACAAAUCCAGUUCUACACAGGAUUCAGAGACUAUAGUACACUCAAAUCUGUGUUUACAGCUUUACAACCUACAGCUGAGCACAUGGUGAGAUGGAGUCAAGCACAGAAGGUAAAGCAAGCCGGUGAGCACAUUGACCAAUUUAUUCUUUAUCUUUGCCGUGUGAGACUGGGCUGUCUACAGCAGGACCUCGCUAAUCGCUUUAACGUAUCACAAUCAACUGUCAGCAGAAUAUGAAUCACCUGGACAAACUUCCUCUACUUCAUGUUGGGAUCGCUCCUUAUUUGUCCUUCAAGAGAGUCUGUAAAUGAUCUUAUGCCUCAAUGCUUCAAAAGUACAUUCCCAAAAACCAGUUAUUUUAGAUUGCACAGAGAUACAUGUACAAAAACCAAGCUCAAAAGUACUGAAUUCAGAAAUUUACUCCCAUUAUAAAGGAACUACAACCUUAAAGUCCCUAAUUGGUAUAAGUCCGUCAGGUUUAAUUACAUUUGUUAGUGACCUAUAUACAGGAUCGAUAUCAGAUAAGGAAAUUACCAGGAAGUCAGGCAUUCUCUCUUUGCUCGAGGAAGGGGAUCAAGUGAUGGCAGAUAAGGGGUUCCUUAUUGGAGACCUUUUGUCUGACAUCAAUGCUAGUUUAGUUAUUCCACCCUUUCUGGGUGCAAAAGCACAGUUCAGUGAGGAGGAGGUGCGGCAGACACAGGAAAUCGCCCGCCUUAGAAUUCAUGUCGAACGGGCCACAAGAAGAAUAAAAGAAUAUCACAUUUUUGAUAGAACAUUACACAUGACAGUUAUGGGGUCUGUUAACCAACUGUGGUCUGUGUGUGCCAGCCUUACAAAUCUUCAAGGACCAUUGUUCUGAACUUGAAGUAACAAUCAAAAACAUGUAAACUGAGGAAUACCUGGACUUAUGAAUGAUGAAAUACAUUUAUUGCAAAGAUAUUUAGAAUUAAAACUCAGGUCAUUUUCAUUAAAUGUGUAUACAAUAAA